CAGCAGGGAAUGGUAGAAUGUCCAGUGAUUAGAUGAACGUAUAGUUCACGUUGUAAUAUGGACUGGCAACGAUUGUCCAGAAGAGGACUCACUUCCAAGGAAUUACACUCAGGUUUUCCAAUGACGGAUGUAAUACAAGAGUCCGAAGAUUUAUUGGAAAGAUUGCAGCCGAUAGCCCGAAUCGCACAAAUCAUGAAUUGCUCCGGCCAACCGCACAUAUGCGGUACCGAGGCCGCCUGUCAAGAAGCCGAAGACUCAACUUCCAGAUGUAUUUGUCCACACGAUAAAUCACCGCCUACCGCUGAUCUUAAAUGCCCAAAUCGCGUAAUUGUUCCACUGACACCUAAGCCUAUACACAAUAUAAUACCUCCCAGUGGCAAUGUGACAAAUACUACAACUAUACUUCCAGAGCCCGAGCAGGUUGAACGCCUGGAGCCUAGAUUGCCUGAAGUCACUGGUAUCGUAAUAGGUUGCGUUUUAGUCUUGGCAAUAGUGAUUGGAUUAAUUUACUAUUACAAACGACGCAGUUUCAACGCCAAAUCAAAACGCGGCGAUCUUGAAGCGUCACCGAUGAACUUGAAAACAAGUCUCUUAUUGGCUAACAAAUACACACCAAAUCCACAAUAUUUUACAUGCGAUUCGCCUGAAGUUCCAAUUUUACAAAGAGAUUCACUAGUUUUUCUUCAACACAUCGGUGAAGGUUGCUUUGGAAAAGUAUAUAAAGGUAAGCUUAUCAACGAAGACACGACCGAGAUUGUAGCGAUCAAAGUGCUGAAGGAUAGCGCGAGUCGCGCAGCCGAAGAAGAUUUCAUGCGCGAAGUGGAUAUAAUGUCAACGUUUCGCCAUGACAACAUUCUUUCACUCGUUGGUGUUGUUUUACGCGACACCUCUAAUAGCCCUUGGAUGGUCUUUGAGUUCAUGCCCUACGGUGACCUGGCCGAGGUACUAAGAGCCAAUUCACCGACACUGCGAACACCGACACCGGGUCUACAGCCAUUGACUAAGGAUUCCCUUCAUUGGAUAACCAUACAGAUAGCAUCAGGAAUGACGUAUCUCUCAGCACAAAGAUUCGUUCAUCGAGAUUUAGCAUGCAGAAACUGCUUGGUUGGCUCUGGUCUUGUCGUGAAAAUUGCCGAUUUCGGAAUGUCACGUGACAUUUAUACCUGCGAUUAUUACAGGAUUGGUGGCUCAAGAUUAUUGCCAGUACGAUGGAUGUCACCAGAAAGUGUAAUGUAUGGCAGAUUUACUCUGGAAAGUGACGUUUGGAGCUUUGGAGUAGUUUUGUGGGAAGUUUACUCUUUUGGAAAACAACCGUAUUAUGGGCAUAAUAACGAUGAGGUAAUGAAGCUGAUCCUUGAAGGUAUAAUGCUAAUACCUCCAGAGGAUUGUCCACCCUAUGUGUGUCAGAUAAUGCGGGACUGCUGGAAAACAGAGCCACGUGACCGUUUGCGCUUUGUCGAUAUCUUGGAGAAGCUUGAAAAAGCUCAGGAGAAGCCCACUCAAAUUGGUUCAUUACCCAGGCCACCCCAGGGUCCAGUUACGAUACGCGCUCCAGAUGUCCUUGAUCCUGACGGUUACCUGCUACCAUCCCCAGCAGCGUUACAUGAAUAUUUGCAGCCAUUGCCAAUGUAAAUCGCUAGAGUUUUCCUGACUCGGGCUUAGCGUAAAGUAAGACUAUCCAUUUGUUUACGACUAUUGCUCGUUAUAUGUAAAUAAGUUCAAUCGUUACUAGAU